GAACGCAGAGACUGUGCCAACGUUCGGAAGGAAAACCGGCCAGCCAAUGAGAGAGCGGGGCCGGGCGCGGCUGUGUCGAGGCCGGUGUUCGGCGAUGAUGGCGGCGUCGAUGAGGGAAAUGGAGGAAGAUCAAGCAAGCGAAGAGGAGGAGGAGGAGGAGGAGGAAGAAGAAGAGGAGGAGGAGGAGGAGGGGUUUUGGGAGUAUGAUUCCACCUGGGAAGAAGAGGAGGAUGGAGGGCAGCUGGAAGAAGAUCUGGGAAGGAAGGGAUCGGAGGCGGCUCCAGCGGCAACCGCCGCUACAGAAAAGAGUAGAAAUCAAGAGAAGCCCCAAUCUAACAGCAGCCCCAACUGGUGGUCGCUCAACGCCAGGAGGGCCUCCGGUAGCCAGAACGCAACUGGACGCAACUGGAUGGCAGCAAAAGAUAUGCAGAAAUACAGGCGACAUUACCCGGGUUUGGAAGAAACUGAAAUCAGAGAGGAGGAACUGUGGAAUUUGAGCUUCUACAAAAACGAGAUCCAUUUUCUGCCUCACGGCCUCUUUAUUGAAGACCUCCUUGAGAAGUGGCAGAAUGACUAUGCAACUCUGGAAGAAAAUCAUUCAUAUAUUCAGUGGUUAUUUCCUUUGCGUGAACAGGGAAUGAACUGGCGUGCUCGGAUUCUCACCUGCCAAGAAAUCGAGGCCUUCAAGAAAUCUAAGGAAGUCAUGGAGAGGUUUGUCCGGGCUUACAAGCUGAUGUUGGGCUUCUAUGGAAUUGAACUGAUAAGCGAGGAAACAGGUGAACUGAGACGAGCAAAGAAUUGGCGUGAGAGGUUCGAGAACCUCAAUCGGUACAGCCAUAACAAUUUACGGAUCACCCGCAUCUUGAAAUGCUUGGGAGAGAUGAGGUACGAACACUAUCAGACGCACCUGGUGAAGUUCUUCCUAACGGAGGUCCUGGUACACCAAGAGCUCCCGCGGGUGCUGAGAAGUGCCUUGGACUACUUCAUGUUCACGGUCCGAAACCGGCAGAGGCGGCGGGAGUUGGUGCACUUUGCGUGGCAGCACUUCACGCCGAAGCACAAGUUCGUCUGGGGCCUGCACAAGAAGCUCCGGCAAUUCAAGCCUCGGUCCCCAGAAUUUCUGAGCAGCGAGAGGCUCAGAGGAGAGCAAGAAGCUGUUCAGGGUGGGGAUGGAGAGGAGGCCGCGGGGGAGAAUGAAGCCGAGCCACAGCAUAAAACGUCCCAGAGGCUUGAGGAAGAACCUGCUCAGAAGGGAGCUGGAGAGGGCACGGAAAAGGAUCAAGCUGAGCUUCCGGAUAAGACAUGCACUGCUUGGCAUGCCGUGGGGCAAACGGCCAAUAAUCCAGCUGGGCAGCAUUUAUCCAAAGCUAAUACUGAACCAGGGCUUUCAUCCAGUGACUCUAUGCUGGGCAAAGUUAGCAAGACGGAAGCCACCUCUGUGAUCGGUGGUGACGGAUUUCAGGCUGGGCGUGUUGCAGAGCCCCAAACGAGCUCUCUAAGUGAAGAAAAGACUUCAGAGGAGACGAGUAAACCUAGGCCUGCGACAGGGGCAAAGGUCGAGGCAGAGGAGGACAACAGCGAAGAAGCCACGCCAGUCUCUUCAUUUUCCCAGUUGGAAAGACAGAGUCUUGUGGACGAGGGUGAGAGCGGAGUAGAUGGCGAAAGUCUGAAGGAAUCCAAAAAGAGGAAGCUGGAAAUGGGCAGGUUAAGUGAGGAAAGUGUUGGGAUAUUGAAAAGCCCCACCGACAUUGAGAAGAUCUCUUACAAUCUUGGAGAGGUUGUGAUUGAUCAGAAGGGCCUAGAUGGCGUUCCAGACAUGGAGGAGAAAACCAGUCCUUCUGGGCCUGAAGGUGGCGAAGGGGAUGGUAGAUACAUAAAAGAGACUGAAUUGGUCAAUGCAGUGAUAAAAAGACGGAAGGUUGAGGAGAAGGGGUUGGAAGAUGGUGCAUCAAAAACAGCUGUAAAGGCGGACAUCAAGGUAGUAUCCUCUGAGGGCCAGAUAACAAAUUGCACCGGCAUUGAAAGGACAGAUGAAAUGAAAACAAUUGGCAAUGCUUCUGUAAACACUCUGACUGACUGUAGAACGCCAAGUGUGGAUUUAUUGGUUCAUUCCAAAGCUAGUGCCGAGUCGAGCCUUUCACCGGCCAGCUGUGUGCCAGGCAAAUCUCAUGAGCAGGAAACUACCUCUGCAGAGGAAGGCAAGAGAUCGCCAGCCAGUGAAAUAGAGCUGGAUGGCAAGGCAGAACAAACGGAGAGGGGGACAGAGGAAGCAGCAGAUAAGAAUAAAGCACUUGAAACAGCGGAGAAUAAAUACUCCGUAGCAGAGCCAGAAUAGUUUUAUUCAAAUGAGGCCGAUAAUAGGACAUGUGUUGUUUUUUAGAAACUGAUCAGACCUGGACCAGUCCACUGCCUCCGUGCGUGUGUGUGUGUGUGUGUUCGCUCUUUUUUCUUUUUGUAUACUUGGUUAUAAAGCCAAGAUCCCUAAGUGGACUGUUUUAACUGAGGGCAGACAACAAAGGCUUCAGGAUGAAGAUUCCCUCCCCACCCCCACUUGUUGAUUGCAUACUUUGAGUCCUAAAAGAAUGUGCGUUUUCUUUUUCUUUGCUUUUUAAAAGAUUCCAGACAGCUCUGGUUUUAAAAGUGACAUCAUUUUUUGAGCAACUAAAUGAAGCUUAGAAGCCACUUUGUGGACAUAUUUUCCAAUAUUUACUAGAUGAUCCAAAAGAAUCUAUUUGUUAAAUUAAUCUUGUUUUGUUAAAAUAAAAGCCUUAACUUGUUAAAA